AUGGAAAACAUAUCCCUCACUCCUGAGCCUGGACCCUGUUCAGGAAGUCUGUGUCCGUUUCAGUCCAACGAAUUCAAGAUGUUGGGAGGGCGUGUGGACCCGGGGACCAGCUUGGACGACGAGAUGAAUGACCAGCUGGAGUCUUUCCUGAAGAGCUCUGUGCUUCCUACUGGCGCUAACCAGACACUCUCAUGGUCUGUGAUCAUGAGCAUCUUGCAGGAGACCAACCAGAAGAGUUACCUCGGUACAGCUGCUAAGGUGUCCCUCAUCAUCGUGUACACACUUCUCAUCACCGUCGGGAUCCUCGGCAAUCUCAUUGUGGCCUUCGUUAUUGGCCACCGUCCAGAGCUCCGGACAGCAAGGAACGUUUACAUCGUCAACCUCACUGUGUCCGACGUCAGUAUGUGUCUAGUGUGUAUGCCCUUCACGUUAGUGAACCUGUUGCAUAAAAAGUGGAGCCUUGGCAACUUCAUCUGCAAGUUGGUGCCUGUUUUGCAAUGCACAAAUAUACUAGUAUCGACGGCAACGAUUGUUGCCAUUGCAGCAACGCUAUCUGACUAUUACCGCGUGGAGAUCAAAGACUACAUUCUGAUCGAGAGGUGCGUGGAAUCAUGGUCGUCACCGGUAGUCAAGUAUACAUGGAACAUGACCCUCAUCAUCAUGCAAUACAUCAUCCCCAUUGUGGUGCUGAGCUUCGUACAUGGACGCAUCCAAAAAUACCUGAGCUCCCAUCAGAUGUCGCAGCGGGAUGCCCGCCGAGCCCAGCGCGAAAUUGAGCGCAACAGAAGGACGACUGUCCUACUAACAUCCAUCGCUGUCACCUUCGCCAUUUGCUGGUUACCGUGGCAUGUCGUCAACCUGCUCGCUGACUUCAACUAUCCAGGUUUCAGUGAACCUGAGUAUUUCUACAUGGUUUUUGGCUCCUGUCACGCCGUCGCCAUGAGUUCAGCCUGCAUCACCCCCGUGCUGUAUGGCUGGCUCAACACAAACCUCAGACAGGAGCUAACGCAGGUUUUACCAAAGCUGUUGAGAAAG